AUGUCCACUUCCUACUCGGGUUCAGAGCUGCCAACAGGACGUGCUGGCAACAGGACGUACUCAGCUUGCUCAGCACAACCUUUGAGAGAGUGGAAAACCGGUCUCUUCGACUGCUUCGAGGACACGAGUACUUGUUGCUAUGGCUUCUGGUGCUGUCCUUGCCUCGCCUGUACGGUUUCAGGAAGAUUCGGAGAGAACAGUUGCCUCCCCUUAUGUGACUUGUGCAGCCCCGCUGCUUUUGCCUUCUGUGGGAUACCUCUAUUUGCUCCCCCUGUCUCCGUGAGUCUCCGGUCCUCCAUGCGGAACAGACACGGCAUCAAGGGCUCUAUCUGUAAAGACAUCGCCAUUUCCUGUUGCUGUUUGACCUGCUCCUGGUGUCAGAUGCAUCGUGAGAUAAAAGAUCUCAAUAAGAACCAAGUGAUCAUCAUCAACAAUCAGCCGGCACCAGUGAUGAUGAUGGCGCAACCCCCUAUGGUUGUGAACCAACAUGGGAUCCCUGUGACGUCAUACUGA